AUGGCUCUUUUGAACAAGGGUAGUCUGUUUGGAAACGUGCAAUGCUUCAUGUACUCAGUGGAGUGGCAAAAGCGACGUCUGCCUCACAUCCACAUCUUGCUGUGGCUAGAGCAGCGUAUCUUCCUUGACAUGAUCGACAAAGUCAUCUGUGCCGAAAUACUUGACCCCGUGCAAGAUUCUCUUCUCCAGAACAUCGUCAAGGCCAACAUGAUUCAUGGUCCCUGCGGGGGCUUAAACCACCAUUCGCCCUGCACGAAAGGAGGCAGCUGUAGCAAGAGGUACUCCCGGCUGUUUCUCAAGGACACUCAGACAGGAGACGAUGGAUACCCGCAAUAUCGGAGGAGAUCUCCAGCUGAUGGUGGCCUCCCCGUAAAAAUCAAUGAGAUAGAGCUGGACAACUGCUGGGUGGUGCCAUACAACCCUGUCCUGUUACGUAUUUUCAAUGUUCAUGUCAAUGUGGAAUUAUGCAACUCUGUCAAGUCCAUCAAGUACAUUUGCAAGUACGUGAACAAGGGCAGUGACCAGGCGGCUUUUGUCGUGGAAAGUGAGAGGGAUGAGGUGAAGUUGUACGAGAGUGGGCGAUAUAUCAGCAGCUCAGAAGCGGUUCGGAGAAUCUUAGCAUUCCCCAUUCAUGAGAGGUACCCCACUGUGUUCCAUCUUGCUGUUCACCUCGAGAAUGGUCAACGUGUGCACUUCAACUCCAAGAACUUGGCUGAGAGGCUCAGCAACCCACCUCAGACAACACUCUUGGCUUUCUUCGAGCUAUGCAAAACUGACGACUUUGCACAAACCCUUCUAUAUUCCGAGGUCCCUUCUUACUACGUGUGA